CGCUAUCUUUGUGUUCUGCAAUCUAUGGAAGCUGUAGCCAGUCAACGGAGGAAACAUGGCUGAAGAGUUGUUGGUGGUUUUACGGAGGAGUGAUUCGUGUGGUUUAGGGUUUUCCUUGCUCGGGACAGCUGGCUUACCGCCGAUAAUCUACGACAUUGUUGAGAAUUCCCCUGCUGCUGAAAGUGGUGAGGUCGAGGCCGGGGACGUUAUCCUGAAAGUGAACGAGACUGACGUCAACAGGUUUAGCACAAAAGAAGUUUUGAAAUGCCUUCGGUUAUCAGCGGACCCUAUCACGUUGAAAUUGAAAAGAGAUCCGCUGAUCAAAGCUCGGGUAAAACAUUACCUGUCAACGCAGAACGCGCACGAAAACUGCGACUUUGCGUCGUCGCACGAUAAGUAUAACAGUGUUAGCGGCGGGGGCUCUGGGGCCGUCGACGAGGGAGGCGGCGGCUUAGUUGGCGGCGCGGCGGAGGGCGGGGCGCGGGUGGCGUGCGGGCCCCGCGCCGGUGACUGGGGGCGGCGGCCCUCCCUCGCUGUCCUCGUCGCCCCGCUUCGUCGUCCCUCGUCGUCGUCGUCUUCCCAGUCGUCGCCGCCGUCGGACGCGAGCGACGCCGCGCCCCUGGGCGCAGCUCGCAGCAACGCACGAGCUCCUCGGACCAGGAGGCGCUGCUCCCGGUGGCGGCGUCCGCGCGCGCCGCGCCACGCCCCGCCGCGCGCUGGAGGCCUCGGACAGCGACGAGCCCAGCAGCAGUAG